GAGAGAGAGAGAGCAGAAACAAGAGGAUUAGCUUUGGGGUUUGAGCUAGCUAGCACAAAAUCACGCCUUCCCAUUUCACGCGUGAACCCUCUUUCUCAUGCUACCUCUCCAACAUUAUUCUCAAAACCCAAUAUGCAUAUAUAAGUCAUAAGCCCUCUCCUCUCUAUAGGCCGUCUCUUGCUACCUUCAUUGUAUUUGUAUUCAUCUUGAAGCUACCAGAAACAUGUCUAUUGUGGAGGUGAGAGUUCCAAACCUUGAUUGUGAAGGAUGUGCUUCCAAGGUAAAGAAAGCUCUCUUCAAACUCAAAGGUGUGGAGGAGGUGGAAAUAGAAAUGGAGAUCCAGAAGGUAAUUGUGAGAGGGUAUGGGUUGGAGGAAAAGAAAGUAGUGAAGGCAAUUAAGCGAGCUGGAAAAGCAGCAGAGCCAUGGCCCUUUCCUGGAUACUCUCAUUUUGCCUCAUUUUACAAGUACCCUACCUACAUUGUCAACCAUUAUUAUGACACGUACAAAAAUGAAACCACCACCGGCGUACACACCUUCUUCCACACUCCAUCAGUUUAUUCAGUCGCCGUGGCAUCCGAUGAGGCCAUCGCUUCGCUUUUUAGCGACGACAAUCCACAUGCCUGCGCCAUCAUGUGAUUAAUAGUUUCAAUUUUGAGCGGUUCUUAUUGUUAAUCUUUAAUUUGUUAUAUUGUAAUUUUUGAACUCCCUUUUGUUGCUUCUUAUCCUUAGUCUCGUGCUUUGAUAUGUUUGAGUUGUUCAUUUUCUACAAGAACGUAGUUUAAGAAGCAUGAGCAAGUUUUGUAUUUCGGAAAGAUUGAAUUAUU